GGCUCAUCACUAACCACGUGACGUCAGUCUUCUGAUCCCUUGCGCUCUGGCGCCCCCUAUCGACUGCAUCCUCGCACAACGGUGUCAUCAUGGAGGCGAAGCGGACGUCUGGAGCCGAGUGACGGGGGAGACACGAAGCCGCACGUCGCCUGCUUUGCUUUGCACCCCCUUUAAAAGAUUAAAAACGGUCAUCCCCCAGCAGCAAGUCCAGUGGACAAGACAGCGGGCAUCAUGAAGCACUUCCUGAGAGUGUUGACCCAGUUCUUCGUGUUCCUCUACUGCAAAUGUCUGUGGCGAGGCCUGAAAUUCGUGGCGCGCAAGUUUACGGGACGCUGUGAACUACAGCGGAUCUGCUACAACAACAAGCACGGCGCCCGCAGGACACUCAAGAUUGAGUCAUCUCUGAAGUACUCCAAAAAUGAGUUGCUUCAGUCCGCCCUCAAUACCCACCCCGACAAAGUGGAGAAAACCAUUGACGAGAUCAUGACUCUGAAGAAGAUCAACCCCGACACCAACCCUCAGUUGGGCAUCUCCCUACAGGCCAGCCUGCUGCAGAUUGUGGGCUACAGGAACUUGGUGGCCGAGGCGGAGAAGCUCCGGCGGGAGCCCUACGACUGUGAAAAUGCAGAACACGAGGAUAUGCUGAUGAAGUUGUGGAAGGAGCUGCGUCCUGACACUCCUCUGACCGGACGGAUUUCGAAGCAAUGGUGUGAGAUCGGAUUCCAAGGCAGCGAUCCAAAGACGGACUUCCGAGGCAUGGGCCUGCUGGGUCUCCACAAUCUGUUAUACUUUGCGGAACACGACAAGGCGACGGCUCUGCAGAUGCUCCAUGACUCCCUACUGCCCAAGCACAAGAGUGCGCACGGGAGUCGCAGCGAGGCAAACAUAUCUGAAUGGGAGCAGAAGAAUGUUGACAAAGCCAUUGGCUAUUCUUUCGCCAUUGUGGGCAUCAACAUCACAGACCUGGCCUACUCGUUGCUGGUGAGCGGCGCCCUGAAGACCCACCUGUACAACGUGGCGCCUGAAAUGCCCACCCUGCUGCACCUCCAGCAGACCUUCUGCUACCUUAUGCAAGAGUUCCACCGCUUCUGGAUCGAUGAGGACCCCAGCGAUAUCAUGGAGUUCAACCGCGUACGCGGCAAGUUCCACCGGCGGGUCCUACGGCAGCUGCGUGACCCGGACGCGGCUCUGUGCCCGCACUUCUCCGCCUCCGACCUCCACUUGGUCAACCUUUAGGGCCGCCCUCACCCCACCAUCGGAUGUCCCGGUAGACCCGUCAUUAAAAGCGCUCGGGCUAACGUCAUGAAUGCGUCACUGCCGGCGGCUUAUAGAUACCGUAUAUAUAUAGAUAUACACGCCCUCACACCACCAGCAUCAGACAUCACCAUAGCGAUUGUCGCACCAUCGUCGUCUCACUUUUACUUUAAUGAUUGUAUGACACGCUUUACCAAGAGGUGGGGGACACGACUCACAUGACUUGACUGAAGUCAGACAGUCGCCAGUGUUAAGACCUGAGAUUUAAUAAUGAAAGACUCGACUUGAACACCGUCAUAUUUGCGAAUUCACCAAUCAGAUUUUUUUUUUUAAACCUUUACUCUGUUAUUCUCUGAAAAAAUAAACUUUCUAGCUGUUUUUGUGCUCAGACCAAAGCAAUAAAAGUACAGUGAUGCCUUGAAAUACGAGUUACUCGACUUGCUAGAUUUUCGAGCAGUGAGCCGUCAUUCGAGCAAUUAUUUUUUUUUUGGUUUGACCUGCGAGCGUAGACUUGAGAUACGAGAUAAACUUGUAUCUCAAGGCAACACUAUAUUCCUGGUGUCAAGGAACUAUGUUGAAGUGAGUUAAGGGAGUUGCCUUUGAGAAUACCGAGAAAUAAAGACAACAGCGUGGCUAUUUGAUCACGCUAUUCAUUGACUGCAUUUCGGCGACAGAGACCCUCCGCGUUUUGCUUUUUAGUCCCACGUAGAUAUGAAAUCAUAAAUAUUGUUAAGUAUGAUUGUAAAACAAUAUUUUUACUUAUUGGUACAGCUUGGCGGUGGCCAACUGGAUCUGGCGUCAUACUUUAAAACAGCUUUUUUUGUUGUUGUAAAAGCUCAUGUGAUACGACAUAGCAUUUUGGAUUGGCUGUUGCAUCCGUGACCUUGUGAAGCCGUUCACUCGUGACUUGAAUUUCGAAUCGCAGCAAAAAAAGUUGCCAGCGGUUGGCCACUCAUGAUAACUAGUUGCAGAGCACCACAGCCUGCGCAAUGGUUCGACUUACUCGCGGAGUUGAAUGUACCUUGCUCGAAAGGUCCUGCCUGCUUACAUCUGAAAAUCAGCAUUUUUAAAGAUACUUUGUGAGGUAUCCGAUAAAUAUGAUGUUCAUUAAUAAGUGCUUCAUUUGUUGAAAUGUGUGUUCCACUCACUCCCUUGUAGUCCCCGUCUGUUAAAAUGCAUUCCUUUGGUCGUAAACCAAUAUGCUACCAAUACACCACGCUACAGCCAUGAAGAGCAUAUACUUUUAUGAGUUGGAGAACAGACCCUUGCAGCUGUAGGUGAGGCCAGCCAGGAAGGUUGCUAUGGAAACACUACUCUCUUUCCAAACCAGAUGCGACCAUAUAAGGAAAUAAAGACAUUGGCUUAAUGUUUUUUGGGGGGUGGGGGCGGUGCUAGGAGAGCUGAUCGAAUGCACCACACGUGCCAAUUGUUUUAGAGGCCACUCGACUUGCUUGAUUUUUCUCCACAGUUAACUUGAGACUUGUUUGAAACUUGAAGGUUACUAAGACUGGAGACUUAUUUAUGACUUGCACUUAUGUGACUUACUCCCCACCUCGACUCUUUACACUCGUUUUGCUUAAUCUCGCACUAAAAAAAAAUAAAAAAAUAAAAAAUCAUUCUCAACCAAAUAAAAAUAGAGUAAAAAAUAAUGACGUGCACAUAGAAUACGACACUGCAAGCUGUCAAAUUUCUAUAUUAGUCGAUGACCACCUCCUUGCCAACAUUUUGAAUGUGUAUGUUUUAAAUGGUGUCUUUAUAGCAUUAUAAUGCUACCCAUUUGCCUUUAUUUUCCCCCAAAACAACACUUUCUAUCAUGAAUGUUUCUCACAUUAACGAUUGUUUCUGUUUAAAUCCAUGGAAUGUGACACUUUUAAUGUCCGCCGUCAGCCAAAGCAAUAAUUCCGAUUCAUUUGGUGUAGACGAGUUGUAACAUGCUUGUUUUGAUUUAUUUGUAUUUUUUUUAUGAACUUAUUAUGGCUUUCGUAGAGCUCUGUUGACAGUUUAGUGACAUUUAGGAAUGAUAGAGUGAUAAAAUUAAGUUGGGAAGAAAAAAAAACAUGGCACUGUUAGUCAAUGCAACAGAAGGGUAUAAAAUAAUGGAAGAAACAAUUGACGUUAUAUACUGUAUGUCUUAAUGUACACGCCACAUACUUCAACAAAACCUUAAUAUUUCUGUAAUUUUUUAAAAUAAUGUAACCAUAAUAGGGUCAAAUUUCGGACAUUCGGCAACAAACAGGAGUUCCACGACAAUAUUCCUUGAUUCAUAUUUUUUUUAUUGGAUUAUUGUAAUUAUAUGUUUUAUUAGAUUAAAUGUAAUUGCAUGAAAUUUAAUUUAAUGUAUUCUAUUCCAAUAAUUACUUUUUAAACAUUUUGUUGACAAUGGAUGUUUCUGUUUACUUUAAUUGUAGAGGAUUUAAAAAAUUGUUUUCAAUUUACGUUUUACUUCUGGUUAUUUUCUUUUUAAUUGAUUCAAUUCAUUUUCAUUUGUAUUCCAUUUUUAAAUUACCUUUUAAAAGUGCUGUAUUCAAAUGUAAUUGCCUUUUUAAUUUGAUUAUUUUUUUGUUAAUCAUAAUCAUUACUAAUUUAAUUAAUUAAAAUGUAUAUUCAUUUUUUAAAAAUUCAAUCUGGUUGUCAUUUUCAAUGAAAUGUUUUAUUUAUUUUUAAUAGGAUUUUUGAUUCCAUUUUUUAUUCAAUUGAAACGCUUUGGUUUAAUUAUGUUGAUAGUAAAAAUGAACAAUUGUACAUUUAAAAUGAUUCAAACAUUUACAAUCAAAUACAAGUAAAUGUAACUGUCAAGCUACUUAACAAGUAUCACUGACCAACCCAACUAAAAACGUGAGCUCAAUUCAACCAGACGCUUUCCAAAUUGAACAACUGAACUAAAACUUCAAUGUUGAACUUAAUCUAACUAUGCUAAAAUAAACAAAAGUGGACGCUUACAAAGUCAAUCAAGAAUCCGAGUUAAAGUGCAUUUUGAAAGUGAAAAGAAACAGGACACAUUGUACAAAGCAGACAGACGUAGGGAAUGCAGUACACAAGGUCUUUUGACCCACACAGGCAGCUGCUGUGGCCUUGUGGUCGACAUCCAACUGUUUACAGAGUGUACAAAAAAAAAAAAAAAAAACCUUGAGGAAUGAGCCACAUGCUGCUUCACCAAGACACGAUUCUGUGAUGUAUAAACAUAAUGAAUUGUAAUGAUGAAGCAGCUGUUUGCUUUGUUUACUACUCCAUUCAGCAGCACUGUUUUGCCUGUUGAUGUUUCCUUGCCUAUACUCUUAGUGGAGUCUCACUGCUUUCAAGAUAUUCUUCUGGAUGUUCUGAGUAGAUAUUGUAACGCUGUGAUUUAUUUGUCUGUAAUGUGCAUUGAAGAACAAAUCAAUAAUAAAAAAAAAAGAAGCAAAGAAAAGACAGUCAAAGGAUGGCUCUGUUUCAUUUUGAAAUCCAAAAGACUAAUAACGGGUCAUUAAAGAAGAUAUCG